UAUGAAUUUAUCCAUGAAUUGAGGAUAAUGCUGUUUUUUAGAAUUCUGGGACAAAAUGGCAACAAAAGGAAAAGCGACAGAAGAUGACAUCUAUUGUGCUUGCCUGUCAAAAGCAUUAUGUCAGGUGGCCACCCCAGUUACUGUUGGAUUAUAUGCCCCAUUCGGGGGCAGGGUGUACAUGCUACUGGAUCGCAUAACAAAAUGUAUGCGGGAGGAAGCAUUACGUAUAACAGAAAAGGAAGAAAAAGAUUUACAGAAGAAAACAGUGAAACCUACCGGAUGUGGCUUCCUACAUCUACUGUGGCGUCUUCUUUUCUACUGCCCUAUAGAAACUGAGCGUCAUCUAGAACGCAAAAGCAUUCAGUUCAUAUUCGUGCACUUCAGUGCCUGGCAGUAUGCAGGCAGUGACCGGCUGUGGGCUGGCAUGGUCACCACACUCUGUGAGGAAAUAAGGAGACACUUCGGAGUUGUUGCACUCUGUUUAUUUAACGUCUUGGGUUCCAAACCUAAAAGGGAUCUAGAAUCUGAUGUCAAAGAGUGGACCUUCAGAAAGACCUUCUGCAUUUUACUGGCAGUCAUCAUUGUUUUACUUGUUGUGGGGUUGCUCCUACUAGUUGUACCAAUCAACUCUAACAGCCAAGGAGGGGAAGAAAGAGUCUCCACUGUUUUUGGAAGUUUGGCAACAGCUGUGGCUGGAUCGGGCAUAGCCAUGACACUAUAUAAGCUGUGCAAGAGCGUCCUUAUUAGCCAAAAACAUAAGAUCGAGCGACUUGUCAACAGCCAGAAGUUUAGUUCUCAGAUGGGUUUCAUGAAUGAGGUGAAAAAAGAAGUCGAAUUGAUAACACAAAUGGUUCAGUUCUUUGAAAUUUUCCAAAAGCAGAAAAUCCGAGUGGUUUUGCAGAUCACUAGUUUGGAACUUUGUGCACCCGACAAAGUGGUUGGAGUACUGGAUGCAAUGAACACCUUACUGUCCGACCGGAGAUCUCCAUUUAUUUCUAUACUGGUAGUUGACCCCAACAUCAUUGUCACAUGCUUGGAAAACGCAAGUUCUCUAAAAGGUAUGGCAGACAACGGCUACAUGUUUCUCAAUCGUACAGUAACCCUGCCUUUCUCUGUACCGACACUUGGCAAGAAAACCAAGCUUCAACUUCUAAAGAAGGCUGUACAGAGGACUGAGGAUCUCAUCGACUGGCCCUGCAGGAAUGAUGCGAAUCGUGGCACCAAGACGGGCAUUACAGUACCCAUGAAGCUGAUCAAAGAAGAGCUUACGGAAGACGAUGAACCAGAGGUGAACCUGCCACCAUAUCAACCAGCUUACUGCAUUCAGGAGACAUUUUAUGCCCUUUGUAGUGAGCGUGAAGUUCUGCAUGAAUACAUUCCGGACAGCAUAUGUCAAAUGAAACGAAUCGUGAAUGCUAUCCCUGUUAUGGUCCACUUGAUGAUGCUAAGCAAAAUACCAUGGGGCACCAUGCCUUCUAAGUCCAUAGCAGCUUGGGUUCUUCUCUGCAACCAGUGGCCUUGUAGACUAAGCUGGAUCCUUCAAUGUCUGGAGGAUGAAGAACAACAAGGAUAUAAUGAAGGAUUCAACAACUGUCUGCUCUGGGAAAUGUUUAAGAAGAACAGCAAGGAACUUUUUACUUUAAAAACUGGGCUGAAGAAUCUUUUGGACUUAGAUGGAGAUCCAGAGAUCUUUCAAAAGUUUCUCUCUCAAGACUUUCCUUUCACGGUUGAGGAAUCCAGGAGAAUGAUGAAGUGUACGAUUAAUCUGGAUUAUUCUAUUAAACACAAGAUGGGUCUUCACCGUGGAAUUAACAACCUUCAAAAUGACUGGAAAACGACAACUGUAGUAAAUAAGACUGAGAAAAUAGAAACCUUGUAUAUCAAUAACACAAUAAUCAAGGACAUGGUUGACGUGCAGGUUACUCAGUGUAAUAAAGACUUUGGGAAAGAGAACAAUGAGGAAAGGACUCAGUGUGAGAAAGAGGUAUAUUGUAGAGCUGAGGUACAUCAGGAGAAAGAAGAUGGUAUAACUGGAAUAAUGCAGGACAACAAGAGUGAGGAGCAAUCCAGAGGACACACGUUUUGUGAGCAGAAUAUGGUAAAAGAAGACUUGGGGAAUAAUGAUACGAGUGAAAUUGACAGCUUUAUUAGAAAGGACUCAUAUGACGAAGAAAUGUUAUGGCAAUACAAUAAAGCCUACGGAAUGCAAACAAAAGAGCAAUAUAGAGAACGGGAAACUUUACUGUAAUGAGUAUCUUUUGGGCCCUUCUGUCUAAGUAAAGUUAUUUCUCCUAAUUGUCUUGUAGGAGAAGAAGUAGUAACAUUGGCUAUAUUGUGGGAGUAGCA